ACCGAGUUUCCCUCUAGCCCCGAGCGGGGAGCAGCUCUCAGUACUGAGUGAGGCACCGAACACUUGAGCUAUUUCAGCCACAUGCAAAGCAUCGGAAUUGAGAUCACAGCUCAAAGGACACCAGGCGUCCCUUCCACCUUCUGAGGAGCCUUGUAUUCUUGCAUCUGGCUGCUUGGGACUUUCCUUAGGCAGUAAACAAAUACAUAAAGCAGGGAUAAGACCCCGUGAAUAUGUCGAAACAGCCGGUUUCCAAUGUCAGAGCCAUCCAGGCAAAUAUCAACAUCCCCAUGGGAGCCUUUCGGCCGGGAGCUGGGCAACCCCCCAGAAGAAAAGAGUGUACUCCAGAAAUGGAGGAGGGUGCUCCUCCCACCUCGGAUGAGGAGAAGAAGCCAAUUCCAGGAGUGAAGAAAUUUCCAGGACCUGCGGUCAACCUAUCAGAGAUCCAGAAUAUUAAAAGUGAACUGAAGUAUGUCCCCAAAGCUGAGCAGUAGUUGAAAGAAGGUUUGAUGUGAAAAAUUGAAGAGAAAGACAAUGGAUUCAAAUGAAAAUAGCUCAUGAAAAGAUUUUAUAUAUUUGUAUGAAGAUUAUGAACCUCCUGAAUGCCUGAGACUCUAGCAGAAACGUCUUCUUUGUACAUUUAUAUCUCUUCCUUCUAGUUGGCUGCACUUCUUACUUUAUCUUCAUGUUUGGCACCUUGCAGAACAAAUCAGCUCAAGAAUUCACAACUGGAUGGUGUGGUUUUGAGGAAGAGCAGGAUUUACUGAGAGGGAUAGGGCAAUAUGAAUAACAAUGAUUUCCAUUGGAAGUUCUCUAAACUACUUCACACACUAUUUUGGUCAGUUUGGGGAAUGUAUUUUAGUUCUUCACGUCCUCAAUUAUAUCAAUAAACUUUUUAUGAGUUCAAA